GCAUUUUACCCAGAGUACACCGGGAAACAGACAGGGGAACAUGGCGCAGGGUCGAUGAGGAGGACGCUGAACAUCGAGGAUUAUAUUACGUGGAUAUUUUUGAGAUCAUGCUGAAAUCCUAAAAUGAGAGUGUGAAAUGGUCUCACUUCCGAAGUCUUGGAUUUCUAUCACUGCCCCUUUGAUGAAUAAGAGGAAAACGCGUCUCAGGAAUACCUGCAAUUGUAUUCAUAAACAUUUCUUUAGGACUUACAACCCCUGAGCAUUGUUUUGGAUUCACAAACGUCACAUUUCAUUUGAUUAUUACAUGGGAAGAUGGCUGAGAGAAAUAAAAGGAACAUAGAGGUCCUACAAGGAGUUGACAGACUUCGAGUGGGGCAUAAGAAGCUUGGAUCCUGACCAAACCAUGUUGUUUUAACUACAACCAUCGAAUAUGCAAAGUCAAGUUUGUCAAUUGCUCUGUUGAAUUAUAUUCUUCAGCAAGCAUAAUGCAUAAAUAAACAAAUGUACUUGCCCAAUGCGUGAAGGAUAGUUUAAUGAACUUACCAUACACUUAUGCACACAAGCAUUACCUUGUGUGGCCUAACGUUAGCUAAUUUACUACUGGCCUUUCAACACUAGUAUAAUCGUAUCUAAAUGUUCAGAGAAUAUCAAUACACAGUGUUGGGCAUUGAUUGGAUGUUUAUUAACAUUCAUUGAUGGCAAUGCAAUGCAGGACAAAAGUAAAGCUAGUCAGUUGGCAAAGUAAUGUUCGUGUUGUGUUACAGUAGAAUUUGACUCAUGAAGGAGGGUGCAACUUUAAUGUAGGCCUACUUUCAAAUAGGAACAGGCCUAAUGUGUUGACCAGGCAUGCUUAGCUAAAUUUCUGUCGUAUUGAGUAAAGAAUUGUAUCUGCCGCAUCCAUGGUACGUCAUAUUUCAUACCCCUAUCAAAAGUGUAGUAUUAUAGGCUACUUCCUAGUAUGACAUCCACUGUAAAGUGUACAGAUGCCUCUUCCUGUCCCCAAGUAGGUGCUUCUGUGUAAGUAUAUCCUGUGAGUUCCAGAAAAGAUUUUGUCAAUUAAUCUUUGACAGCUGUUAAAUCAAAACACCCUAAACUUCCUGAGAAUUUGCUUCCCCAACAUUGAGUAAGUGUAAAGAACUGUAAAAUGGAGGGGGUUAUUCAGAGUUUUUUUUAAUGGAGAAUAAAAAUGCUAAGUUUGACCUCUAGAAUUGUCACUCUGUCAACAACAGGUGGUGAAAGGCUGUGAAGUUCAGAUCCAGCACUGGGAGAAGGUAAAAGGUGACUAUGAAGCCCUUGAGGAUCAACUCAAAACUCUUCCAGAUGAGGUGUCCUAUGACAUCAUGGUACCAUUUGGCCCUUUGGCAUUUAUGCCUGGGAAGCUGGUCCAUACCAAUGAGAUCACUGUGCUACUGGGAGACAACUGGUUCGCCAAGUGCUCUGCCAAGCAGGCCCAGAAGCUCUUGGAGCACAGGAAGAAACAUGUAAGGAGUGCGCUGGAUGACUUGCACAAGACGAAGAAGAACUUUGAAGCCAGAGUUGGGUUCACAGAGGAUCUUGAAAAACUCUCAGGCGCUAAAGGGGACUAUGUGGACAUCAGAGAAGAGGUUGAAAGUAUUGAAGAAUUUGUACGCAAAGGAAAGCAGCGUGUGGCCCUUAAGCCCCACACUAAGCCCAAAAUGGAGGCUGUUGUGAAGAUGGAGGAGGAGGAGGGCGGUGGAGAGGGAGAUGGAGGGAGUAGGAGAGGAGUGCUGUCCGAGGAGGAACUGUGGGCCAGACUGGAUGAGCUGGAAGCAAAGGAGAAGCUUGAGGAGGAGCAUGACCGACACUUUGGAAGUGUAGACACCAACGGCAAUGACGACACAACAUCCUCCUCUGAGGAAGAGAAGGAGGGAGAUGGUGGCGGCCAUCAUCGCGUCAACGGACAUGACGAGAGGAGUGAAGGCAAGAUGACUGUGCCUCACAACAGUGGCCAAGUUAACGGUACAACCAGGGAGGAGGAGGAGGAAGACAAGGGAGAGGAGGAGGAAGGCAACGGUUUGCCUACCAUCUAUUUCUCUCAUACGGUGGAACCCAAGAAGGUGAGGAUAAACACAGGGAAGAACACCAUGUUGAAGUUCAGUGAGCUGAAAGAACAGAAGCAGCAAGCCAAGAGGAAAAAGAAGAUCGGCACCAGCAAUGGUCACUCUCACCACGGGCUCCACAACAUCACCACGCCCACAGACAUCUACAGGUUGUUUGUGGAUGUGAAGAAUGGCGAGCCCAUCCCCAGGAAGUCCAUCCUGAAGUCCCGGAGCAGAGAGAACAGCGGAUGUAGCGACACCAGCGAGAGCAGCGCUGCCGACUUCGAAGAGCGCAGGACGUUCGGACGCACCCUGAGCCACGACGAGAACACGUGCAGCGACACCAGCGAUGGCAUCACCGAGGAGGACAGCCCCACCGGGAACCCUCUACACCCCACCAGACGCUUCGAGGCCUUUUCAUGCACAGUGGUGGAGAAGGAGCCCAUUCCCUUGUCGAUCCCCCACCUAACCAUCGUCCCUCCAGCUCUGCCCACAAUCCCAGAGCGGAAGCUGGAGGAGGUGGCCCCCGAUGCCCCCCGUGAGGCCCCUAAGCGGGUGUCCAAGUUCAAAGCUGCCCGGCUGCAGCAGAAGUGACCCUGCAAAGCCAGUCUCCAGGAUUCACACGACUGGCCCCUUUUUAACAUAGAUGUUCUACGCCAGCACUUUGUUGAGCUGGACAGACUGUGAACCCUCCCUAAUAUCUGCCAUGUCUCUUCUUCUUUUGUCAUCACUCUUUAAGCCUUUAUUCUUCUCUUUCAUAAUGCUUUUCCUGUUAGUACACAGGGUAUCUAUUACAGUAGGACUGUUCUAUAAGAGGCAGUACUCUGUAAGAGUAGCAUAGCAUUGUUUAGAACGCUUGCGCUUAACCAUUUACCUGCCUUGUAAGGAACAUCAAGCUUUUGUUGCUAAGUAAGCACUUCAUUGCAAUAUGUAUUUAAGUCAAGAGGUUGUUUAUUUAGAGCCCUCAUCCUCCAACAUUAUGGCACUACACUAGUCCACACUGCCUAGGUGCUCAUUUUAUGGUGGUUGCUCUCGUGUCAGUGUCUUGACAAGGCCAGUGGUUUACCACUCUAUUUGUUUGAUCCAUCAUUUUGCCUGCUAUGCUAAAAACCACAUGCUCUGUGUCAUUUAUUUUUUUCCUUUUUUUAUUUUCUACGAUUAUUCUACACAGGGUCAUAUGCUGACUGCCCUUUAUUGUCCCCAAUCCCCUUGUACCUGCCUAAUGCCCACCUCUGUGACCAGCUUUAUGUCAGAAUAAACAUUGUUGUAAACUGGAAGGAAAAUAAAACAUUUUGUGGAAAAAGUCA